GUUUGUCCCUGGGCCUAGGCUGUGUAUAAUUUCAUAUUUAUCACCACAAGAAAAAAUUUCCCCAAUAAGUGCACAAUCAUGUCCGAAGCGGCGGAUUUCAUCGACAUAAGCAAAAUCGAAGGAUUUUUGUCGUUUUUGGCCAGGAUCGAUUGGAAAGAUCCCUGGCUUCUAGGCCUCUGCACUUUCCACUUUUCAAUAUUCAUGAUGGCAAUAUUAACCAGACAAUAUGGAAACUUCCAGGCCCUUUUAUUCUUCAUACUUUUACUAUUAGUAUAUUUCUCUGAAAACAUAAACACCCUAGCAUCGACCAAUUGGAAAGUGUUUUCCAGGCAACAAUACUUUGACAGCAAUGGACUUUUUAUUUCUGUGGUGUUUUCCAUGCCGAUUUUAAUUAAUUGCAUGUUGAUGGUGGGUAAUUGGCUGUAUCAAUCCACCCAAUUGAUGACAACCCUAAAAACAGCCCAACUAAAAGAGAAAAUCCGUAGGGAAAACAGCCUCAAGGAAAAAUCAAAGAAGAAAGACUAAAUAAAAUGGAUUUACACAAAAAGACUUUUGACUAGUUAGUUACCACUAAAAUCCACUUUAUAUUAAAGUGAUUUUUAAUAAUUUAAUUACAUAGAAACAAAUUGAAGCUUUAUGUGCCAUUUUCGGAUGAGUAAUUAUUAUUAUGCAAUGUCUAGUCGUAGAUUUUCAUUGGCAUUUAAUUCAACAUUCACUCUUCUUGCUUGAUUUAAAUUAUUGUGAUAUUUUUCUAGGUUGGGCCUUUUUUGUUUGUUUCAUGUAUCUAUGUCCUUUUUUUUUGUGUAUUUUAGCUUUAGGUUUAAGGUAAUUUUUUGUAUAUAAUAAUAAUUAUUAUUAUUGGUGUUGAAGACUCGCAAUAAAUAUUAGAAAAUUGUUUUUUUAUUUAUUUUCUUUAUUAUUUUUGAUUCUAUUAUGGUUUUUUCAAUGGUAGGUUUUCUCUUUUAUUUCCAGAGAUUCUUUGGUGAAGGAGGAAUAAAUGUGAAAAUCAAAAGGCAAAUUCUGGACAAAUGGUGAGUUUUUCUUUAAAAUUAUUUUUGUUAAAAAAAAACUUCAAAAUAAUAAAUUUAUAUAAUGUUUUCUUGAAGAGUUUAAGGCCUUAGGAGUUUAAUAAACUUGUCUUCCUGUUAAAAUAUAUCAAUAAUAUCAGAGGCUUAUUACAAUACAACAGGGUUUUGCCCAUUUGUACCUAAAUCUAUUUAUUUUUAUUAAUUACAACUUAUAAUUUCUGUACAAAUUAAUUUUAAAUAUUUCAACUAUUAUACCUAAUUAACAAAAUUCUUAAUUAACUUGAAACUAAUUAUUUAUUCAGCCAGUAGUCGAUUUGAUCACAGUAUCGCUGGGUUUUUCAAUAAUCAGUAGUUUUUUCUUGAUUUCUGUAUAUUCAUUCAAUUCCUUUUCGCUUAGGUUUUUUUCUAUUUCGGUCACGUAGCCGUUUCCGUGGAAAGCUGAAAAAUAAUACGGAUUUUAUUAAAAUAAAGUUUUAAUUCUGCGACGUUUCGUCAUUUAGUUUGGACCUUCUUCAAAUUGUCAAAAUAUCAGUAGGUACAUAUUCGUAAAUGUAGUAGUAAAUGUUUGAUUUUGAUUUUUUGAUUGUAUCUUUUGAAAUGUCACACAUUUGUCCGAUUGUGUAGCUUAUUUGAUAAUUUUUGACAGCUGUCAUUUUUAGCCUAUUCAAUAAUUGUCAAAAACUUCAUAGCGUAUCUCAAUACUUGAUAAUAAUUAUAAUUUUCUAUUUUUUUAUAUGG